CUCCGCCGGCUCUUUCGCCGCCGGCUCGCAUUCCAUUUUCGGUAGCGGAGCGCGGACGGGCAGCGCCUCACGGAGGCCGAAGUGACGUCGCAGUCGCUCGGCGGCGUGAGGGAGACCAACCACGCGCUCGCUCGCUCGCUCUCCCCGCCACUCUCUCUGCCUGCUCCGCCGCCGAUUCCUGCCAUGCUGUUCCGCUUCGGGGUCAUCGUGCCCGCCCGCCUAGCCGAAGGCGGCACGGCGCUGUGCGUCUCGGGUUCCCGGCCCGAGCUGGGCCAGUGGGACCCCAAGCAGGCGCUGGCCAUGAAGCCCGCGCGGCCGCUGGCUCCAUUGCCCGCUCAGGAGCCGGUCCUGUGGCUCGCGGAGGCGGCGCUGCGAGAGGACGAGGCCGCGUGCACCUUCUGGUACAAAUUCCUCAGGCGGCACGAGACGGGGGACGCCGUCUGGGAAGGCAAUGGGCCCCACCAUGAUCGAUGUAGUGUCUAUAACCCAAGCAAUUUGAUCGAUGGAGUUUACUGCCUCCCAAUAGGCCAUUGGAUUGAGGUUUCUGGCCAUACUGAUGAGAUGAAACAUACAACUGACUUUUAUUUUAAUAUUGCUGGACAUCAAGCAAUUCACUACUCCAGAAUUUUGCCAAAUAUAUGGUUAGGAAGUUGCCCUCGUCAAGUGGAGCAUGUGACUGUAAAGCUAAAACGAGAGUUGGGCAUUACAGCUGUAAUGAACUUCCAGACUGAAUGGGACGUUGUUCAGAAUUCCUGGGGAUGUAAUCGCUAUCCUGAACCUAUGAGUCCAGAAGUUCUCAUGAAGCUAUAUAAAGAAGAAGGCCUUGCUUAUGUCUGGAUGCCAACACCAGACAUGAGUACUGAAGGUAGAGUCCAAAUGUUGCCUCAGGCUGUCUGUCUCCUCCACGGGCUACUGGAGAACGGGCACAAUGUCUAUGUCCACUGCAAUGCUGGUGUUGGCAGGUCCACAGCUGCAGUCUGCGGCUGGUUAAAAUAUGUGCUAGGAUGGAACUUGAGAAAAGUGCAGUAUUUUGUGGCCUCCAGGAGAGCAGCUGUCUACAUCGAUGAAGAAGCUCUGGUGCGUGCCGAGGAGGAUUUCUUUCAGAAAUUUGGACCUCUUCGCUCCUCAUGCAAGCCUUAGCAAGAAAAAGAGGACAUCACUAGAAGUGUUGCCAAACCCAAGCAUUUGAGGAAUUGUGACACUGGCUCCAAAAACAGUAUCACUGCCUGAGGAAACGGUGGGAUGAUGGUGAUAACGGUGAAGAUGUCUUCUGGGUCUUAUCUUUCAUAUGUUGCCUUUUCUUUCUCUCUGAAACAAUUAAGCAAAAUGGCUUCGAUUCAGCCGAAUGUGUGUGCAGCAGUGAGGGCUAUGAUUGUGCAGCUUUGUUGGAAAAGGUGUAAUCACAUUGAUUAGCUGCUUGGCACAUUGAUUAGCUGUUUGGGGAGGGGAAGCCGCUGGAAUUAAAUCCAUCUUUCCUCCUUUCCUUCACAAGCACCACUGUAGAUUUAGUAACAAGACUCCACAUGCAGAGCCCUGGCAGCUGGACCAAGAGGGGAGCUGCAAGUUUAGAACUUGAUUGUGCAUUUAGUUCCAUCAUCCAGCUAAAGAUAAGCAUGUAUGUCCCCUAGCUGUAUCAGGGCAAAAUUCCUCUAAACUUCCUAGCCAAUUGGAUACUCACACAUAAGAUUCUUAUACAAUAUCAGGCAUGGGUGAAUUAUGCAAAGAGUUAAAAGAAACACUUGGGAUAGGAAGAAGUCAGAAUGGAUCGGAACACAAGCUGUUACAAACGAAAAAACCAUUUCCCCCACACCUGCGCAGUCUGGAUUAUUUGGUCAUUUCAAAGGGAGCGUUUAGCACAGUCUUUGGCAAAUAGAAGUUGUAAUGAAAUAAAAUUUUAAAGAAAAAUAAAAAGUGGGGGUAUUACUCUUGUCUGCAUUGACAUAUUUAUUUGUAAUGUGUGUGCAAACCUUUAUCUUAGGAUGUGUAUAAUGUUUUAGAUUUUAACUGAUUUUUAACAGCAAAAUAUUUAUAUGAUCUGAAGAAAAACCAGAGGAUAGAGAAGCCAGGAAUAUUGUUGAAAAUGAUUUCUUAAGGUCCUCAGGAAUGUCUCCUUUAUAUCUUUAUUUGAUCAUUUGCAUUUAUGUUUGGAUCAUUAUCUUGUAUUUUUGUGUAUUAAGCAUGUAUAAUGUGGUUUAUCAAUAAUUAAGUAAAAAGUAAAAUAAAUAAAAAAAUAAACUUUUAAAGCU